CCUGGUGUUUACUGCUCUGGAUGAGCUGUUGGCGGCGCCGGUGUCCACGGAGCUGCGGCUGGAGGUGAAGCGGUACAGUGCAGCCCCUCUUCCCGUCUCCCAGCGUUCCCACCCCGGCCGAGUCUUUGGACAGUUUCUGACCUUCAUCCCGGCCCGCAGACCGGGCAGUGUUUUAUAAUGGAGGCAGAAUCUCACAAGUCAUUGAUGGCAGAAGAGAAUGCCCCCUGCGAUGGUGAUGCCCCUUCAAUGCCAAUAGAGCUUCAAUUACAAGCCUCCCCCAAAACACAGCCAUAUGUGUGCACAUUGAGUCCACAUCUGAUUGCUAAGGCACAAGAAGAGCUUCAGGAGAAACCUGAAUGGAGACUCCGCGAUGUGCAGGCCCUAAGAGACAUGAUUUUGAAGGAAGCACCGAAUCUAAAAACCCGUUUGGAUGAUGCCUUCUUAUUACGUUUUCUCAGAGCUCGCAAGUUUGAUUAUGACAGGGCAUUGAAGCUUUUAGUGAAUUACCACGCAAGUCAAAGGACUUGGCCUGAGGUGUUUACAAAUUUGAGGCCAUCUGCAAUAAAACAUGUGCUAGACUCUGGAUUUCUUACUGUUCUGCCUUACCCUGAUCCAUUCGGUCGGUGUAUUUUGGUAAUUCGGCCAGGAAACUGGAAGAUUGGUGAUUAUCCCAUCACAGAAAACAUUCGUGCCAUUUAUAUAACAUUAGAGAAGCUUGUUCGGGCAGAAGAGAAUCAGGUGAAUGGAAUUGUCAUCCUUGCAGACUACAGUGGUGUCACCUUGGCCCAAGCUGCACAACUAGGUCCAUUCAUGGCCAAAAAAGUCAUUGGAAUUCUUCAGGAUGGAUUUCCGAUGAGAAUAAAAACUGUCAAUGUCAUCAAUGAGCCCAUUAUUUUUAAGGGUAUUUUUGCUAUCAUUAAACCUUUUCUAAAGGAGAAGAUGACAGAAAGGUUUGUUCUUCAUGGUUCAGAUCUAAGCUCACUUCACAAGGAUAUUCCACCGAAUACCCUUCCUCAAGAGUAUGGAGGUACAAUGGGAAAACUCAACACAACAGACUGGGCUGAGUCUUUGCUGGCAUUUGAAGAUGAAUUUGUAGCAGAAUUUUGUCAGAUGCAUUCACCGGUGGAUAAUUCAUUUGCACAGUAUGCAGUGGGAGCAAAUGAUCAGUCAGGCCAACAGUGUGAUGAUUCCUUUAGAGGAGUGAGAUCACCGCUGUACUACUGUUAUUAAUAAGACUCUUGUUUGACACUUAUGAAGAAUUUUAUUUUGGUGCCGAGGUGUUUAUUCAAAAUUAUGGUAUGAUCCUUUAAAGUACUUUACAGUCUCUUCAAUGUCUAAAAUAAUAUUGUCAGAAAUGUCUGACUUGUACUUUCUUACUUACAGAAAUUCAACACAUUAUAAUGUUGAUUUAUGGCAGCAAUUUUAAAGAUGAUGGCAGACAGUCUCAAAGUUUUUGAUAACGAAUUUAUACAAAAGCUCAGCUGUUAGGUUUGUCAAAAAUACACAGGUUUGAGUAGUUUUGAUCUGUCCGCUGCCAUGUUAUUGAUCUUGCAUGGUAACACCUCAAACAGGAACAUUUUGGUUGGAAGGUAAAUAUUUCUCAACGUUUUGGAGAUUAAGGCCUGAUUUUUAACUGAAAAUACUACUCUCAACAUAAAUAUUUUGAAUAUUGAUGAUAUUGUCACAAUUCCCAUCAUGCAGUAUCUACAAUGGUGACUAUCUGAAACUGCUAAGUAUUACAGAAUGACAGAGCCAAAGGAAAUGUUAUAAUUCAAAGCAUUCGCUCAGUAACUACGCAAUUUGAUACAGUAAUGUUGCUGUGGGCCUUAAGGAGAUGAGAAAAAGAACAGUAUUUAUUAACAGCUGGCCAUUUGAAGUAUAUAGCAAACAGUAUACAAAGGUUAACGCAGAGUCUAAUUGAAGAAAAGUUAUUAUACUCAAUCUGCAAUAGUCCAACAAGUCUUAUUUAAUUAAAGUCUUUCAGGAUUAGAUCAAAUCAAAAUGAAAAAUUCAGCAGUGUGUAAUCCUUCUUGCACCUGCUUUUUUAUCAACUGCUCUCAAGAUAAAAUAAUGCAAAAACUUUCUCUUGCAUCUAAAAUAUUGGGGUAGCAUUGUUCAAUAAAAUAAUAAAAGGUAGAGUUCUGCCCAUCCAUCUUGAUUUGACUGUCCAGUUUGUUUAGUAUUGUCCAGUCAAGUUGAAGGUGUCCAGAGCUCGUUGAACAAUGCCACACCAGACUUUAUAAAUAUAUCGUACAGGCAGUACACACUUUUUAUACACUGAAUUGGGUUAAUAAGGAAUGACAGGUUUUUAAAAUAAAGUCACACAUAUCUCAGUUCAUUAUAUAGUAGCGUAACAGAACUCCUAUUACUUUUGCCCCCGGGUUUUCAGAACCAUAUUACAGAAAUAAUUUGCUACUAUUAACCCAGUGAAAACACAGACAUUGCACAGCCUGCAUGUUAUAGCAAAUGUUACAUACAAGAACUGUUAGAAUAUAAUGAUAUGCUCCGCUUUUUUUGCAUCAUAUGACAUUAGAGUGUAUGAAGAAUGGCAGGUUAUCAACUGGGUCAAAUGUUACAUCUCUGUCUCUCCCAUUUGUUUAAACAGCAGCAUUUACUGAAGAAUAGCAGCAGGAUCAAGGGUUGACAUGUGUAACACCAUAACUGGUCAACACAGCAAUAUAAAUAACUAAUGUGUACCAUUAGUAAGAAAUUGAAAUAUAAGCACCUGUCUACCAAUAUUGUCAGCAUCAUAAACAUUUAACAUAUGAGAAAAACAGCUGAAAAGUCAACAGAACUGUGGAAUUGUCAGACUUGGAUUGAACUAAUCUUCGUCCAGCUAUUUUUCAGUGUUGUACCUUGCAUUGUAAAAUGCAAAGUUCAUUGAUUUCUCCUGUUUGGAGAACUUUAUGAAAUCAUGUCCUAAAAUAUUUUGAUGUUUCUCAAUUGCUGCGGGAGACAUGAAUUAAAUGUUGUAUCAUUGUAUUCUAAUGUGGAGUUAGUGUAAUUAGAAAAGCAGAAACAAAUUGUAAGACCUGAAUUUUGAGUAUUACAGUUGCCCAUUCAGGUAAGUCUACUAUUUGGCUUAUUUCCACUAUGACUAGUUUUGAGGCUCAGUGAAAGAUUUCAUUUGUCAAAGACCAACUGUGCUUACUGAAUUCUUUUGGGAGGGGAGAAGAAUGAGAAAGGUUUAAGUACAAGUCACUACAUGGACGUGGACCAACCUGCAGCUCAGAAGCCAAAUCCAUUUGGUUACUGAGUUCCAGAUUCUAAUCCCUCCACUGGUGGAAACUAUUAAUUUGCCAAUAGGCUUGUGGGAAAUUAAGAGUAUCUGAGCAGUGUUUAUGGGCCUUUAUAAGCAGGAGAUCAGCAGAUUACCAUACAGCUCCUGCUCCCAGCAGCACUCUGUCUGCAGUCAGUUAGGACAUCAGGAAUUGAUAGUAAUGCAGGUCUGAUCUAAAGGACAAGAGCAGGUAGUUCCUGUUCGUCUGCUUACCAAUUCUAACCCACUGCUCCAAAUGGUUGAUGCUUUUGUCUUAGCGCAUCACCUGUGGUAUUGCUCAUAUGGAAUCAAAUUAUAUUACAUUUUAUUAUUUAAACCCACUCGAGGCCCAAUAGCACCCAUCCCUCCCUCUCCCAGCAGAGAAAGGUACAUAUAUUUUGAAUUUAUGUUGGCUAUUUUAAGACACCUGAUUUUCAACCAAUUUUAAUACUAACAAUAAAACCUAAAAUACAACCAAGUAAUAGGUUUUUAAAUUGGCAAUAAAAACUGAUUUUAUUGAUCCUCAUUAACUGUAAUUAGUUCAUUGGCAAUAGCAGUUUCCUACAAGCCAGUCUAAACUGUUCACUUGGAAGAGGAACACUUUUUAAAAUUUAGAUUCAAUUUUUAAAGUUAUUCUCCUUACUUUUGUAUAGCACUAACAAGAUUCCACACCAUACCUGCCUCUCCAUUAGCAUCGGAACCUUCUGAAGUUGUCACUAACAAAAUUUGGUUCACCACAGGCAGGUUUUUGGCCCCAAUGAUGGGAGUGGAACCAAGACAGGUAAUUUUCCAUCAGUCUGCAGGCCGGUUCCCUGCCACAGUCCCGACUUCUGCCCAUUUUCCUGGUGGCUGGAUCAGGUGAGGGAUGGUUACCGCCUACAAGCGACGGGUAGUUUGUUGCCAAUUAAGGCUGUUGAUCAGAGGCCGAACAGGAUUUUCCAGUUGGCCUCUGUGGCCUUGGGAAGAUGGUGGAUGCCUUGAGGUGGCCCCCUGGCAGCAGACCGGGAACCACUGCUUUAGGAUCACUCUGAGGUUUCCCUUUGCAGAUGCUAUACCUAAUUAGCUACGGUCAGCAGGUUGCCCUACAGUGGGAUUUUAGCUGUACAAUGGUGGUCCAGCAGUUGUGGCAAUUUUUAAUUUUAAAUAUGUUAAAGUUGCUGAGAAGGCGCUUCAAGAUGGAGGCACCGUCUCUCUCCCUUACCUGCAACAACUGGCUGCAACUCCUUCCAUCCUGGAGGGCCUCCCAUUGGACCUCCAGCUUUCAGAGCCUGCCUGCCAUCCAGAAUUGGAUGGUGAGUACCCCCUCUGAACACUAAUUUGUUAAUUCAGCAAAAAUAGAUGUCGGAUUAUUGCUCACAAGUUAGUGCAGGGUCGGGUCCUGCGUUUUAUCCUGAUGUUGCGGGUCCCAAUCCAACACAAAACCCUGCCUCACCUCUUAAAUUCGGUUUACCAGUUAAUUUGACAAGCUUUUUAUAAUCUUGAUCACAGUGAAAUACUGGGCUUUCCUUUGAAAAUGUAGUGUGUUACAUUUUGUCGUACAUUUAUGGCUUAAUUCACCAUUGGGGUACCCCUUUUUGAUCUCACUAUCCGUGUGGCAACUGGACUUUUGAACAUUUUGCACAUACAAAUCCAAAGAUGUCCAGAGUUUAACAAAGCUACAAUCUAACCAGUAUAUAAUGAUGUUGUUCAAACUAUUGCUAAGGCUGAUUUAGUUCACUGCUCACAUUAUCAAAUUACAACAUUUAAUAACUCUCAGCCUAUAGAAGAACAAUUCAUUCAAAACUAAAAGCAAGUGUGCUAUUUUAAAUCUGUAUAACUUUGGAAACUCUUAAUGCUUUUUUAUUUUCAUAAAGAAUGUUGGUUGUGGUUUUAAUGUAUAUUUUCAGAAAUAUAUUAAUUGUGGGGCCAGUAAGUUUUAAAUAAUCAAGCUGACAAACUGGAUUGCUUGCCUGACUCAGUGGCAUUGACUGGGGCCUUUGGUGAAGGAACCAUGCUCAGCACGUUAAUCUCUCACUCACCAACAGUAUAAAGUGAUCUUUAGCAAUUUUAACUGCCCGAUCCCAAUCAGUUGUGCAAAAUGGUAGCUGGCUGGUGGGUGGGAGAGCAAUUUAAGCCAGCACAAAAGGAAGCUCUCCCGCAAACAGGUAUAAGUCUCAGAAGUCCAGGGCAUAGGAAGCAACAAUUUUUCAUGUGGGGCCCAGGGAAGCACUCUUCAAAGUCAAGAAAGGCUUGAAUCAAGCCCCUUGUUCCUCGCCUGGUUUUCACUGGGCAGGAAGGGUUUAAAUGUUUGAUUCCAGUAUUUGAUUCCACAAAGCUUUCAGGAGCUAUUAACAUCCCACUAUUAUUUAUGCCAAAUUAACUGUUGUAGAAUUCUCUUACUGUAGCUCUCAAAUCUGGAGGGCAAGCACUUAACAAAUGUUUUAUAUCUAUUUUUAAAACAAGAAUAUUUUGCAUUUUUGCUGGUAAUAGCUUAGUGUAUUCUGUUGUUUUCCGCUGAAUAACCAUAGUUCAAGUAUUUAAAACUGAAAGUUAUUUUUUAAAUAUGGAGUUACGUUAAAAGUAAGUAACAUAUUGCUGAUGAUGUCCAUGUUGAGCUAUCUUCCUUACCAAUGGAUAGCUAAAUCUUACCAAGCAGUUUCCAAGUUUUACUCAGGUCUGAUCUGCACUGGCAGUACCUGUGUUGCAAUUGUCCUGAGUUGAAAUUAGAGUCAUCGUGGUCUCAGAGGGCCAUUGGCUGCGACUGAAAUGAAUGGUGAGUUUAAUCUGAGGAUCACCACACCUCAGGCAAGGGGUAAGGUUGAGAAGGCAGGGCCCUCGUGGAUGACUUCAGCUGGUGCAGAAUUGAACCCACACUGUUGCCAUCACUCUACAUCACAAGCCAGCCAUCUAGCCAAUUGAGUUAACCAACCAGCUAGGAUUUAUACUCCUGAUCAUUAUCUAACAGCCGGCUUUGGGAAUGAAUGCAUAUGAAUGUUCAGACAGAAAACAUUAAACCUGGCUAUUAUGCCCCCCACACACCCAUAAAUUAAGCAUUCAGAUAAAUAAUGGUCCUAUGUAACCAUACCCUAGGAAGAGGUCAACAACAUCUUCAGGAGAGAAAAUUGGAAAUUAAGAAAUUUUAUUUUCAUAAAUGUUUUAUAUUGUGUCUUUUGUACUAGAGUUAUUUGGCGUAGGACAAUAUGUGAACUUGUUAUGUUAAAUCUUGGGCUAAGCAGUUAAUUUUGUUUUAAGUCAUGUUUGCAACAAUAUACUCAAACAGACCGAAAUAGGAACUUAAAAAUAUAGUUCACUAUUACUUCUGGGACUUUUCUCAACUGAAUGUUAUUGGAGUAUUCCACUCUAUGUUAAUUGUUACAAACUGCAAAUAAAAUUUGUUUUGAAAA